CAUUGUUCCCAGGGGAUCCCAGCUCCCGCUUGGGCAAGGAGUUCCAGAUUGAGCAGGUGGUGAUCUCCAAACACUUUGACGUCUUUGCCAAGAGGCACCAGGGCAUCCGGGAGUUCUACGGGGACGACAUCGCCCUGCUGAAGCUGGCCCAGAAAGUGAAGAUGUCCACCCAUGCUAGGCCCAUCUGCCUUCCCUGUACGGUGGGGGCCAACCUGGCCCUGCGGAGACCCCCGGGCAGCACCUGCCGGGACCACGAGAGCGAACUUCUGAACAAGCUGAGCGUUCCUGCCCAUUUUGUGGCCUUGAAUGGGGACACACUGAACAUUAACCUCAAGACAGGGACAGAGUGGGCAAGAUGUACUGAGGUCGUCGGCCAAGACAAAACCAUGUUCCCCAACCUGACAGAUGUCAGCGAGGUGGUGACAGACCAGUUCCUGUGCAGUGGGAUGGAGAAAGAUGACAAUCCCUGCAAGGGAGAAUCUGGAGGAGCGGUUUUCCUCGAGCGGAGAUUCAGGUUUUUUCAGGUGAGAGAAGGGGAAGCUGGUGGGGACUGGGCUACAGGAUCUGGGCCUCCAGCAGGUGCCAGCACUCUGAUUGCAUAA